AUGGCUGCCCUUCGCGCUACGCGCCUCAUCACCACCCCACGGGCGCGUUUCCAGAUCAUCCCCAACAUUGCCGCUCGCCCGCAACAAAGACAGCUCACAUCGACCGCCGUACGGAGCGCCGGCGACCACGCACACGAAGACCAUUAUGAUCCUCCAGGCGGCUGGCUAUUUGGCGUGAAGCCAGGGGAGAAGUACGAGAACGAGGGAUGGGAGAACGUGUGGUUCUAUGGCUUCUUCGGCAGCUUGCUUUUCGGCGUGGUCGGCUACUGCUACAAGCCUGACACAAGCAUACAAACAUGGGCACUCGAAGAGGCACGGAGACGACUCGAAGCCGAGGGCAUUUUGGAGGACCCGGAGAAGAAGAGGUAG